AUGUCUGCUUCCAGGACCUCCAAUACCCUCGGGCAACAGCCAACGCCUCCCACGCAGGCCAUCCCCGACAGCGAGAAGCAGGAGACUCAACCACGUGAACCAGAAACGCCCGACGCUGAGGGUCAGAAUGUGCCGACAUUCAAAGCUCUAGGUUGGCUCGACCGCUUCCUCGCCUUGUGGAUCUUCCUCGCCAUGGCCAUAGGGAUCCUCAUCGGUAACUUUGCACCCAACGCCACUUCCAACCUCGAGAAGGGCAAGUUUGUCGGUGUAUCGGUGCCCAUAGCCAUUGGACUUCUGGUCAUGAUGUACCCCAUUCUUUGCAAGGUCCGCUACGAGAUUCUACACCACAUCUUCCGCGAAAGGGCUGUGUGGGUGCAGCUGCUCUUCAGCCUGCUCAUGAACUGGAUCGUCGCCCCGUUCCUCAUGCUCGGUCUUGCGUGGGCUUUCCUCCCCGACGAGCCCAGCCUUCGAACAGGCCUCAUCCUCGUUGGUCUCGGUCGAUGCAUCGCCAUGGUGCUGAUUUGGAACAAGCUCGCCGGCGGCGACUCGGAGUACUGUGCCAUCCUGGUCGCCGUGAACUCGGUGCUGCAGAUGGUUCUUUUUGCGCCGCUGUCCAUCUUCUUCAUCAGUGUCAUCAGCGGCAAUGACGACGCCAGCAUCAGGGGUCUCUCCUACGCCGUUGUCGCCACCAGUGUGGGCGUCUUCCUCGGCAUCCCCCUCGCCGCGGCCAUCGUCACACGCUUCGCCCUGCGCAGCUUGGUCGGCAAAGAGUGGUACCAGGACGUGUUCCUCAAGUUCCUGUCCCCCUGGUCCCUGAUCGGGCUGCUGUACACCAUCAUCAUCCUCUUCGCCUCGCAGGGUCGCGCCGUCGUUCGCCAGAUCGUCUCUGUCGUCCGCGUAUCGGCGCCCCUGCUUGUGUAUUUUGCUGUCAUCUUCCUCGCCACGCUGUGGAUCAGCAGGAGGUUGGGAUUCGGGUACAAGCUGGGGUGUACACAGAGCUUCACCGCAGCGAGCAACAACUUUGAACUGGCGAUUGCAGUCGCCGUCGCCACGUUUGGUAGUGGCAGCGAGGAGGCGCUGGCUGCAACGGUUGGGCCUUUGAUUGAGGUACCUGUGCUCAUCGGGUUGGUGUACCUGGUGAGAUGGCUGGGCAAGAGGUGGCAAUGGAAGCCGUAA